CCAAAACGUCCACUUUCCCUGCCUCGUUUUCGCGGACCACCCUCCAAUCCCCUGAUUCAAACCGUCGACGCCGUCGCCGCGUGACUCCUCAGCGGCGGCCUGACCACCCACUCCCACUCGUCGCCUCGCCGGAGAAUACCUUCACGCACCCACUCUCUCUUCGCCCAGGGUCCCCAAGCUAGCUGCUUCGGGCCGCCGUCCACUCCGUGGCGGCGCCGAUCUCACGGCGGUCCCGAGGCAGCGAAAUUACCGCGCGAGAUGCCAAGAUCGGAGCAGUGAUGUGCGGAUCGGAGCAUGGAUGUGAACCCACCCGGAGUUAGCUGCAGUCGGAGGACCCGAAACGGGAGCUGCGGCCAUGGCGAUUUACCUCGCGCGGGAGGCAACCAAGCUAUGGAGGAAGGUGACCGCGGAGACCACGGUGGAGCUGCAGCUUCUCUUCGAGAAGUGGCGCUUGCUCCUUGCCGGAAUUGUGUUUCAGUAUAUUCAUGGAUUGGCUGCUCGAGGAGUGCAUUACUUGCAUCGUCCCGGACCAUUACUCCAGGAUUUGGGAUUUAUGGCUCUUCCGGAGCUUGGGCAAGACAAAGGUUAUCUUAGUGAGAUCUUAUUCACUUCCAUCUUCGUUACAUUUGUGUUGUGGAGUUUUCACCCUUUCAUUUAUCAUAGCAAGCGUUUCUACACUGUUCUACUCUGGCGCAGGGUGCUUGCAUUUUUAGUUGCUUCACAGUUUCUGCGGAUUGUUACAUUCUAUUCCACUCAGCUUCCUGGUCCAAAUUAUCACUGUCGCGAGGGCUCGAAACUUGCUACUCUUCCACCACCCAAUAAUGCUCUUGAAGUGCUUCUAAUCAACUUUCCUCGUGGAGUGCUUUUUGGAUGUGGUGAUCUGAUAUUUUCAUCUCACAUGAUCUUUACUCUCGUUUUCGUGCGUACAUACCAUAAAUAUGGAUCCAAAAGGUUGAUUAAGCUAUUUGCUUGGCUGAUGGCCAUAAUCCAAAGUCUUCUCAUCAUUGCUUCUCGCAAGCACUACAGCGUGGAUGUUGUUGUUGCCUGGUAUACUGUCAAUCUGGUUGUAUUCUUUAUUGACAAGAAUCUUCCAGAAAUGCCGGAUCGGACAAGUGGUUUGUCUUUGCUUCCAGUAAGUACAAAAGAUAAAUAUGACAGGACGAAGGAAGAGCUCCACAAGCCCGAGAAGGACAGCAAAAUGAAGGAGGAGCUCCAUAAGUUAUUGAACGGCAACACUGUUGAUACCACUGAUCGGCGACAACGGGGUCAGAUGAACGGAAAGCAUGGCGAAGACAUGAACCACACGCUCAGCGAUGCUACUCCCAACGGUGCAUGAGCAGCUGUUUUGCGCUUAUCUUUCACAAGGUAAUCUGCUGGGCGAAGAAAAAAAGUUCCAGCUGCCUCUGUAGCAUCUUGUUCUGCAGUCCCACUUUACUGUGAUCAACGUACUGGAUGAGGCAAGGCGAUGAAUGAAGUAGUCGACGCCGCUGUAAAGAAUGUAGUAGCUUCGAUCUCGUGGGGCUGCUGCUGCUGUAGGUGGGCACCCCGAUACAGGUUCUGUAGUUUCACCGUUUUAGACGUCGGAUGACGAACCCUUUCAGAUUGAUACGGAGACAAACAAAAAAAACUGGGGAAAACUGAUAUUGUUGUAUGUACAUAUGAUUAUUGAUGAGCUUUCAGUGUUU